CGCCUUCACUGGAAGGCCAGGGAUCUUCACAACAACCGCAGUCGCAGCCGCAACAACAGCAAUACAUCGCCUACGACCCCCGUGCCAAUGGCCUCGCUCGCCAACACACGAAUCCCCUCGACAUGCAGAAUACACAGGCCCUGUCGCCGCAAAAGCCAACCGGGCAGCUGACACGGUCAUUGACGGACCCCGCCGAACAGGAGUCGGGUUCCAAGGAGAAGCCCAAGCGGAGCAAGACAUGUGGGAAGUGCGGACUAGGAUUGACAGGCCAGUUCGUCAGGGCUCUGGGCGAUACAUAUCAUCUCGAGUGCUUUACCUGCCAUGUACGUAUGCGCUGCACGAGAGGUUCGACACCCUCACGUCCUGCAUUCGGCUAACCGUGUACAGGAUUGCGGCAAGAUUGUCGCCUCCAAGUUCUUCCCCGUCCCGGACAAGCCUCCGAACCAAUAUCCGCUCUGCGAGACGGAUUAUUUCCGCCGACUUGACCUCUUGUGUUUCGAGUGUGGCCAAGCGCUUCGUGGGUCCUACAUCACCGCACUCGAUCACAAGUAUCACAUCGAGCACUUCACCUGCUCGGUAUGCCCUACCGUGUUUGGCGCUUCCGACAGCUACUACGAACACGAAGGCAGCGUCUACUGCCACUAUCACUACUCGACCAAGUUUGCGCAACGGUGCAAUGGCUGUCAAACCUCGAUUCUGAAGCAGUUCGUCGAGAUCUAUCGCAAUGGGCAAAACCAGCACUGGCACCCCGAGUGCUACAUGAUCCACAAGUACUGGAAUGUUCGGCUGCAUUCAACCGGGCAACCCAUCCUUGAGCGGCAGAACCAAGAUGGGGAGGCGACAGAUGAGGUCCGCGAAAGUGUGAGAAGGCAGGAGGAAGAGAUAGAAGCCAAGGUCAACUGGAUCUGGAAGACGUUGUCGGCUUUUGAAGAGAAAUCUGCGACCUGCAUCUCGGACAUGCUGUUGCACGUGAGCAACGGAGCCUAUGUCGAUGGUGUCAUGGCAGCGAGGAAGUUCAUCGUCCACAUUGAGUUACUGUUUGCGGCAGCCGACGAUCUAGACGCUCAGCUUGUCGCCAAAACCCCCAAAGGCUUGACGUACUCUCGAGAAGCGAAGCUGCUCUGCAAGAAGGUGGUCGCCUUCUUUGCGCUGCUUACCCAAUCCCAAGGCACCGGAGUGAGGAGGCUUGGCGUGACGCAGGAACUCCUAUCGCUCGUCACGGGCCUGGCGCACUAUCUCAAGCUCCUGAUCCGCAUCUGUCUCCAAGGCUCGCUCAAACUGGAGCGGGAGACGCGCAGUGCCAGCGGAUUGACGCACUUCCUGACCCAGGUCAACUCAUUGGAUGCCAAGCUCGAGGAGGAAGCGGCGAAGGACCAAGCCGCAGAAUCCGCGCUUCUGAUCCCACGAUGGGCGGACGCCUGCCCCAUCUGCGAUGUCCAGGUCGAGGACAAGUGCCUGCGUCACGACUGGAUGUCUUUCAACUAUGGAUGCAUGGUCUGUCGGGGAUGCGAUGCAGAUCUGCGGAAUAACCCACAGAGCGCUUCGUGGAGCAAGUCGAGACGAGCAGUCUUCUGUCCCAAUUGUGCUCCUUCUAUCCCAGACGCCGAGUCAGGAUUCGAGCCGGUGACCAAGCUACGCCAGUAUGUGCAGCUGCUGAAGGUCGCUCACGCUCGCCUGAUGGCCACGCUACGAACCAGCGGCGCUCUCCCACAUACGUCAGAUGAUCCCAACCUCGCGGGCUACGACUCUACGCAAGGCCAUCGUGCCGGGGACCUAGAGCCGCCGCUUUUGCGGGCUGAUACUCGAUCGAAGUCGUAUGCGGGUUCGUCAAUGGCUGAUAGCCAGAAAAAUCAGAAUGCGGGAUACGAGCAAUCGAUGAGUGACAUCAAAAGACUGCGGUCACAACGUCUGGACAAGCACCUGUCAAGUACCAUGAAACGCGCCCGAACCUCCAUGGUCGUCAAUGGACCUGAAGCCGUUGAACCUGGCUCAGAUGGAGUGCAAUCACGUGGCGGUAUGCAGAUUGUCCAGGAGGGGGAUACUCACAACGAGGCAGAUAAUGUUACGCUCGGAGUCGGCUCGCUCGCACUAGAUGAUAUUGCACGCAUGGCCGCACUGGAGCAGCAGCGCGUGCAACGACCAAACGCGUUCGCGGCCGGUGGCAGCGCUCUCCUGGGGAACGACCAGGCCAAGCUGCUGAACGGCCACCGUCGCCAUGUUUCGGGAGGGCAGGAGCUCCAGCAUGCGGCUGAGGGCCGACCAAGGACGUACUUCUCCGAGUUGUCGCCGCUAGAGUACUUCAAGCUCAAGGGGUUCGCGGUGCUUCAGUUGGGUCUCCUCCUAGACGAAAACCAGUACAAUCAGGGUGAACUGCUUGACCUGAUCGAAACGAAGCGAUCGAAUUUCUGGGGCAAGAUCGGGUUUGGCAAGGCGUUCAAGAACGACAAGUCGAAGCCGAAGAAGAACAAUUCGUCGGUGGAAAAGCCCACGUCGGAGAAGGCGACCUUUAGACAAUCGCUGGAAUACCUGGUCGAGAAGCAUGGAGCCGAGUCUACCGAUGGAGUUGGCCCCGGUACUUUGAGGGUGCCCGCUUUGCUUCAAGAUGCCAUCACGGCCAUGCGGAGCAUGGAUAUGUCCGUCGAGGGAGUGUUCAGGAAGACUGGAAGCUUGAAGGCGUUGAAGAACCUGGAGCAGGAGAUUGACGCCAAAGGCGUGGAACAGGUGGAUCUCAACGCCCAGAACCCGGUGUUAUUGGCCAACCUGCUCAAGCGGUUCUUGCGCCUGAUGCCAGACCCAGUUUUGACUCUGAAGCUCUAUCGAUUGUUUAUGACGGCACAUGCUCUCGACGAUGAUCGCAAACGCAAGAAGGCACUACAUCUGAUCUGCUGCCUGCUACCGAAAGCUCAUCGCGACACCAUGGAGGUCCUGUUCUGUUUCCUCAAAUGGGUGUCGUCGUUCCAUACUGUUGAUGAUGAGAGCGGCAAUAAGAUGGACACUUGGAAUCUUGCUACUGUUAUGGCGCCGAAUAUCUUGCGGGAGAAUAACGACAAGGAGAUGAAGAGCGUCGACCAAGCUGCGGUAAAAGUGGUCCACGAGCUGAUUGAGAACAACGAUGAGUUCUGCGAGGUUCCGGAAGAGAUCGUAGAGCUCUUGAAUGACGACAGCUCGCCCGAACUAACUCCCAAGGAAAUCAUGCGCCAAUGGGAACAACGAGGGAAGAAUCCAGAUGCGGCGCAACCAAUGGACUCGGCACCGAGAAACCAGUCCGCAGCAACAUCCCGGAGAGACCAACGGAACGCCCCACAGAUCACGCAGGCGGACAACAAUCCCCAAGCCUGGGCCGGCGAAAGCUCCGUCAGACAUGUCGGCGGCGGAUUCCCUCAUAACCACGGGCAACUGAGUGCGCAUAACAGCCCGCCGCAGGGAUACGACCUCGCCGCGCCUAACGUGCCGUACAGCCAGCAGCCGCCAGGAUCGACGGAGAGCCAUCGAACGGCAUCGCCACACCGGCAGAGCUACCGAUCUCCUGCGUUCCAGAAGCAGACUCCGCUCGGCACUGCCGGUGCUGGUUGAGCAAUUCAAGGAGUUUGGGCGCCUCGAGCCGAUGCUUUGAAUACUAAUGACGGAGUUGGCCUAGUUCCUCGGUUCUUUCAUGUGGACGGUGUCAAUUUUCUUGUCCUGAAUCGGAUCAGCAAAGCAACAUGCG